CUCUUCUCUCUCUCUCUCUCUCUCUUAAAUUAUCGCUUGUACUGAGAGGAAAGUUCGUAGUUUAAUUCCACCAAAUAUCCCUUUCUCUCUUCAUCUCUCUUCCUCACGCUCCGCCGUCGGUCCUCUCGAUCGGCACCGUUACUCGUCGUGUCGCUCCCCGGUUGUUGCCUCCAAGAAAAAUGAACGGGAAGGAUUUCCGAUUGGCUUUACUGGGUCAGGAUUUCGUUUGAUUUUUUGAUCCCUUUUUUCCGCGAGAGAUUCCGUCGGUUUCUUUCUUUCGCGCGAGCGGAAAAAAGCUCAGAGCUUGCUUUAGGGUUGCUGGGGGUGGGAAAUCAUCAUGGAGCCUCGCGUUGGUAACAGGUUUCGUCUCGGUCGGAAGAUCGGCAGCGGAUCGUUUGGAGAGAUCUAUCUCGGUACUAAUGUUCAAACAAACGAGGAGGUUGGAAUUAAGCUCAGUUGUGUAGCGAAUGCUGAAGUGUGAUUGAUCCUUGUAUGGUUGAAGCUGAUGGUGUCGGAAUGGGGAGGACUUGAUUUCAGUCUGAUUUCGUUUGGAGUUUCUUCAUAGAUGUACUAUCUCCUUACAUUGAUAAAUUUCCGGUAUGUUUCUCUUUAUGAUCCAGGAAAAUGUGAAGACAAAGCAUCCUCAGCUGCUGUAUGAAUCAAAGUUGUACAAAAUACUUCAAGGAGGAACUGGAAUUCCAAAUGUCAAAUGGUUUGGAGUGGAAGGAGAGUACAAUGUUCUUGUGAUGGAUUUGCUGGGACCCAGUCUUGAAGAUCUAUUCAACUUUUGCAGUAGGAAACUGUCUCUCAAGACUGUUCUCAUGCUCGCAGACCAAAUGAUUAAUCGAGUUGAAUUUGUCCACUCCAAAUCGUUCCUACAUCGGGAUCUCAAACCUGACAACUUUCUCAUGGGUUUAGGGAGGCGUGCCAAUCAGGUCUACAUUAUUGAUUUUGGGCUAGCUAAGAAAUAUCGUGACACCUCGACUCAUCAACACAUUCCUUACAGGGAGAACAAGAAUUUGACAGGAACUGCAAGAUAUGCUAGCAUGAAUACUCAUCUUGGGAUUGAACAAAGCCGCAGGGAUGAUCUGGAAUCGCUUGGAUAUGUUCUUAUGUAUUUUCUCAGAGGAAGUCUUCCUUGGCAGGGACUAAGAGCUGGAACUAAAAAGCAGAAGUACGAGAAGAUCAGUGAAAAAAAGGUGUCAACUUCUAUUGAGGCUCUAUGUCGAGGUUACCCUACCGAAUUUGCAUCCUAUUUUCAUUAUUGCCGGUCAUUGCGCUUUGACGACAAGCCAGAUUAUGCAUACCUGAAAAGACUAUUCCGUGAUCUUUUCAUUCGUGAAGGGUUCCAGUUUGACUAUGUUUUUGACUGGACUAUAUUGAAAUAUCAACAGUCACAGAUUGCUAAUCCUCCUACUCGCGCAGUUGGCCCCACUGCUGGACCUAGUGCUGGAAUGCCACCUACUGGUGCAAAUGCUGAUAGACAACAAGGUGGGGGUGGAGAAGAAAGUAAACCUGGCUGGUCUUCAAGCGAUCCUCGAAGGAGAACUUCCGGACCGAUUCUAAGCUCUGCAACUUUAUCCAAGCUAAAGAGCCCUCUCGUCAAUGAUGCCAAAGAUGCUCCGUUAUCUGGCUCUAACCAUAUGCGAACUAGCUCCUCUACUAGAAGACCUGCAAUAUCAAGCACUCAUGACUCUACACAAGCUGUACCUUCCACAGCAAGAAACAGCAACUCGAACAGUAAGAACUUGGAAUCCACUCUUAGAGGCAUCGAGAGCCUCCGGUUCAAUAACGACGAGAGACUGCUUCACUAGGCCAAGAGAAAAAAGCCGAUCUCAAUCCCGAGAAAAUGCUUUGCCCUUCGCUGUAAAGCUGAGAUCUUUAUACUCCUUGGUGAAUUGGACAUGGAAUGGUCGAACUCCCUUGGCCGCGGUCGUUAUAUUGUCGCUUGGUUGCUGCUAACCUUGUGCAAACAGAUUAUGGUAUCUAAUUCCGUCGAUCGGUUUUUACUCUUCGAGUGGAUUCUAGGGAUCAAUGAUGGACCAUCUGAUGGAGCUCAUGAAUUCAUGUAUAGCAGUGAAUCUUUUCUAGAGUACCUUUUAUAGUUUUCAGAUCCAUAAAAUGCGACCAAAAGAAAGAGCCAAGACUAUUAUUGCUGCUGCCGAUGUACAUCCUCUUAAGUUUGAACUGUACCCUACUGCUCAGGUGAUCUCAACUUCCUUUUCUCAAGGAGACCAGUGAAUCUGACUUUUUUUUAUGAUUCAGAAUGUGGCUGAAGUGCUUUCUUACUUCACAUCUUAAUGAGAAGCAAGUUUGGUUUUAAUUGCUGUU